UUGUGUCACUCACUGACAAUGGAAGAAACGAAGAAGUUUGGCGUCCGGAUUCCGAAACGUAGGCAAAAACCAAGAAGGACUGAAUGGAAUUCCCGGUGUGUCCUUUUCACCUACUUCCAAGGAGACAUCAACAGCAUGGUGGAUGAGCACUUCACCAGGGCUCUGAGAAACCUCAAAAAGCCCCCGGGAUGGAGUUUCUCAAGCCACAGUGAAAAUCUGAUGCUCAGGAAUGAUAGCAGCAUGGCCCCAAAUCAGUGGCAUCUCUCUUCUUGGACAAAUCCACGGCCAGAAGCAUCUCCAGCAAAUGACUUCAGCAGCAGCAGCAGCUCAGAUGAAUAUAGUCCUACGGCUAUGGCUCUGCACCCACUGUCCAUGCCCAGUGCUCCCUCUGCACAUAUGCAGGAGUUGUGGCAAGUCUCUUCCCUAGUGAGGCCAGAAUUCCUAGAGCCCACCUUCCCUGUCUUUCCUGACAGGCAUCUGGCUCCAGAAGUCUACUUUGAUGGGUAUCAUGAGUCUCGUCUAUAUUUUCUCCACCGGGAUAGAUACCUAAACCAUCCUCUGCAACCUGCUGUCAGGGAGAACUACAACCUUGCCAGGAUAGUCGGAAGCACGGGAUUGCUCCUGAACCUGCCUCCCAGCACAGACUACUAUAAUAAAAUCUAUGGUCUUGCACCCGCCACUGCCAGUCUUGAUAAUGAAAGAAGCCUGUCUCCGGAGAAUAGACGAGAUCUCUACUUUUAUUAGCCUCCAUCGGAAGAAGACAAUUCCUUUUGCGCAAUGUGAUCCCGUUUUUCUACUGUGGAUCCAGAAGUCCCCAAAGCAUCCCCAUCCCUUUCUGUCCCUGAUGCUAAGAAAUAGCCAAUCUGGCACAAGUCCCUGCUUUCUUUUAAAUUCUGCUUUGCUUUGCCUUAGCAACUGUACCCCAUGGCAGGGGUUUUGAAACAUAAGCAAAUUCCCAGCUUAUAAAAUGCAGAAAGUAGCUGCUGUGGGUGGAAUGCACAGAAACUUACCUGCUGUUCAUCGUUCUGCCUCAUUGUGUCUACUUCCCUUUUCCUUAGAAUCUGUGGGCCCUCAGGUUCCCAAGCAGUGUCCUUUGAACCAAGAUGGAGCCCAUGGGAUUUCAUAAGGCUAUUCCUGAAUGAAUUGCGGGACCAAGAUCAGCCCAAACUGUUCCUGCCUAAACUGGACUGAGUCAACCCUACUCCUGACUCAGAGAAAAGCCAAAUAAAAAUGGUGUGCAAAAGGCUCCCCUCUUCCAGAAAGAACUGGUUGAGGCUGCUGACAACUUCCAUCUACAAUGUCUAGACUCUAUACACUAGAGAGAACCUGGAAAGUCUACAUCUGGACCUGUUCAAUGAAAUAUUUUGCUUAGAAAAUUUAGUUCUCCAGGUCUAGGUAACUAAUUCAAAGGGGCAUUGUUGAGAAAUCUGAGAUGGAAACAGAAUAAAGUCCCUUGUUCCAGCAUGGGCCUGCUGCUAGAGCAGAACUUAUUCUAGAAAAUUCAGGGCAUUUCUUGAUUGCACUUCCUUGAGUUUCUGUCACCCCUUGCUCUGAUGAGGAGGAUCAUGGAAUCUGACAUUCAAUGGAUGCAGAACUGGACUUUAGAGGGAGCACUUACAACCUCCUCAAAGAGCCUAACUACCAUCCAAAAAGCAUGCAUGUCCAUCUGGUAGCUCAGAGCCAGCAAUACCUGGGAGACAGUCACUUUCUUUUAAGCACUAAACUGUUGGAGUAAUCCAUGUAGAUACCCACAGUACCUUUUGUUAAGUUGGAGGAACAAGGUGAGGUUUGCUUCAUUUCUCGAGUUUUGUAGACAGCAUCAAGUCUGUACGAUCUGGGUACUUGCCACAUGACAACCCUGGAAGCCCCUGCCAUCAAUGUUCUCCAUC